UGUUAGGAACGACGCUAGGGAACCUUUAGGGCACGGACUAAAUCAAGACUAAGAUGGAGUAGACUCACGCCAGGUAGAUUAAUCCCUUUCAUCUUGCAAAAGUAACGCGGGGGCUUUUAAUUUUUUUUCUAUUGUUCCCCGGAUUUCUUCUCUUUUCCUUCAAUCCUAACGCCCCAAAACCGUGAUGGCGACACAGCCCGGCUCAACUAUCCCCAUCUUUUCCGUCGGUCAUUCUCCUAGUAGCUCUUGCGGCAUGCAAUGAAUUCUAAAGGCUCCACAUCGGCGAGUUAGUAUCCGAGCAUAUCUCAAAUCCCCAACCGAUCAUCUCUCCCUCAUCUCCGAAAAGGAAUAUGGAGUCACAACCGUCCACAACCCCAGAAAAGCCAGCUAAACAGGCCUGCGACAAUUGCCGUCGACGCAAAAUCAAAUGUUCGAGGGAGCUUCCAUGCGACAAGUGCCAACGUCUUUUACUCUCUUGCUCCUACAGCGACGUGCUCCGUCGCAAGGGCCCCAAAUUCCGCACUCUCUACCCUCUCGCUCCCAUCCAUCCACUGGCUUCACGACCGCGUCCGCUCACUAAAGAAUGGCUGCCCCCAGACCCAGGAGCGUGCCAUUUGGCGUCUCCGACGUCUCCGCCGUUCACCGUAACGGACGCCCAGUAUCCACAUCCUGACUUCUCGGAGUCGUUCACUCGACUCCCACCCCCAGAUCUCGUCUCCUCUCCCGAUUCAACAAACUCCUUAUUCGACUCAUCUACUAUCGGCGCCCUCCCCGCGCCACGCCGUCUGUCGGCACCAAUCCUUCUAGCCCAUGUCAAUGUCUUCUUCAAGUACCUGUUCCCGAUCAUGCCCAUCGUGAGACAGGACCAACUGCAGCAGGACUGCCACCAGCCGGAACGCUUGUCUCCCCAACGAUAUGCUUUCAUUGCCGCUCUAUGCGCGGCCACGCAUAUCCAACUGAAGCUGGACGGUGCAACGCCGGGCCCCGACUCGGCUUCCGCGCAAGCCAGCCUCGAUGGACACCCCAUGUUGUCCGGAGAAGAACUCCUGGCCGAAGCCGUGCGCGCAAGAAAGGAAUACAACGUGGUCGACGAAAUCAAUAUGGAAAACCUCCUAACCUCCUUCUUCCUCUUCGCCGCCUACGGAAAUCUAGACAGACAGGACCAGGCCUGGUUCUACCUGUGCCAAACCACGUCCAUGGUCUUCACACUAGGCCUGCAACGGGAAUCCACAUACUCGAAACUAAGCGUCGAAGAAGCAGAAGAGAAAAGAAGAGUAUUCUGGCUCUUAUUCGUCACAGAAAGAGGCUACGCAUUACAACAAGCAAAACCAGUCAUGCUCCGCAACUCCAUCCACAAACCACAAGUCCUCUGUUCAGACGACCCAAUCCUAGCCUACGGCUUCAUCAACCUCAUCAACGUCUUCGAAAAGCUCAGUCCAAAUCUCUACGACUGGGUCUCCGCCGGCGGCAGCAGUAGCGCAGACGGCGACCCCCCGCCUACCUCGUCCAUCCAAUCCAGCCUCGCCAAGCAAAUCUCCCUCGAAGGCGUCUCCGAAAUCCAAAAAGUAGACAUUCUCAUCACCCAGCAAUGGCUGCAAACCAUGAUGUGGAAACUCUCCAUGACCCACGCAACUCAGCCCGUCUCCCGCGACGACGCCGUUCUCCCCUUCCACUUGCCCGUGCUAGUCGGCAAAGCCGUCAUGGGCGUCAUCGCCGCGGCAUCCCAAGGCGCCGUUGACGCCCACGGCAUCGGAAUGGAACAAAAACUCUACGACCUAGGCACCUCAGUAGCAGACGUGUCCCGCUCCCUAAGUACAAAAGCCGCACACCACCUGGCCGAAUCCACCAUCGACCCCCGCGAACUCCUCUGGGGCAUUCUCACAACCCUAUCCCGCAUCCGCGGAUCCCAAUCGUACCUCUUCCCCGCCCUCGUGGAACAAAGUCGCGGAAUCCUCAGUUUCGAUUGCUCACUUUCCAUCAGCGACUUUCUGCCUUCGUUUGGUGGUCCACCAUCUGCGGGGUCGAUCUCGUGGCGGGCGGAUGAAUCUGGGUUUGGUUUAAUAGGGGUCUCGGAUAAUUUGCAGGAACGGGGGGAGAAUGAGGCGGGGGAGAGGAUUGUGGCGCCGGCUGGGUCAGAGAUCUCAUUUUGAAGGAUUCUCUUUCCCUUUCCUUUCCGGCUGCGUUUGGGUUUGUGUGGUUGGGGUUGGGGUGGGGUGAGGUGAAGUAAGAGAUGUGUAUAUACGCUUGCAAGCGUGCAUUUGGAAUUGGGGUUCCUCCUCUCGUAUAUAAUAUGGACCGUUUUGUAUAUAGGCCGAUGGAAAUGGUGCAAUUGGGGCGUGGACAUCUUAGGAGCUUCG